GCCUGCAUUCCAGAGUGCGCCCUGGAGAACCAUCAUGAGUUCUUUGAGGCCUUUGCCGGAUGCUAUGCUCCUUCUGUGUGCGCAGCAUCGAGAAUGGGGGAAGUGAGUUUUCACCGAUGCAGGAGCUCCCUUCAGACGUUCAUUCUUAACGAGAUGAAGUACGAGGCUUCGCAGUGGUGCCAGAAGGAUGAGAACGGCAUCUAUUGUCAGCAGCAUCAUGCUGAGCUGAUGAUUCAGAGCCCGCUGUGCUACAGCCUCUAUACCGCGCCUGUGCUGGAGAUGGGCCGCGACCUUUGCUCCGACCACACGGAGUGUGUCCGAG